AUGGCCACCACCGAGGAGCGCGCCGGCGACGCCAUGGACGUCGAUGUGUCGCCCAAAAACAAGACCACGGUCGAGCACGACAUCCGCCAGUCGCUUGGCUCCAUCAGCAACUCCGUCGAAUCUCUCGAGAUGCGCGCCGAUCCCGAUGCGCAAGCCACCGUCACCGACUUUCUCGACUUCACAGAGUACCUCCCUUCCGAUAUGAUGCGAUCCCUUACCCUGAUCGGCAAGCUCGACCAGACAUACUCCGAGGCCUCCCUCAACGUCCACAACCUCACCUCCACCUGGGGCAAGCUUCCCAGUCUUCCGGCCGACGAGCGGCCGUCACCCACACAGCUACGCGCCGAUAUCUCAAGCAGUCUGAACCAUGCUGUCAGCUCGAGGGUGUACUCGCAUGCCGAGGCGGUGCGCAUGUCAGAGAACGUCAACCGGCAUUAUAAUCGCGCAAAUGCGAUCCUGGCGAAGUUGAAGAACAUGAUGGAGAACUAUCCCGCGGAGGAGCAGAAGAGCCCUGUGGCAACAUCCAAGUCGCCGCAGAUGGUCAGAGCACCCAAGAUGAUGCGGACCGGGGAUGGGGAGAAGGUGCGGCGCCCACGGAUUCCUAGGAUUACUGUUCCCGGUGAGGUUCUUCCGCCAUACGACCAGUUUGUGGCCUACUCGGAUGAUAGCGACGAAAGCUCCUCCUCCGAGGAUGAGGAAUCUCUUCCACCUACCCGGUCUACGCCUGCACCAAGAAUCAAGGUCGUCAAAACACCCAAAGCAAGACCUCCAAAGACCCCGAAAGCACCGGCUUCGCGUCCUCCUAAGGUCCACACUGUGCCAGCCACUCCUGCCGCUGCGUUGCAGCCGCCACCGGAGAACGCCGUGAUAGGAAGCACGGAUGCUCCCUGGCUGCAGCUGACGCCCUGGGAGCUUGCUAGGCUCAGGAAGCGCAUGAAGAAGAACGCUACAUGGAACCCAAGCGAUACUAUGAUAUUGCGAGAGCUUAAGACACUCGGUCGUGGUAUUGAUGCCUACAAGGAGGCAAAGAAGAAGGCCGAGGAUGAAGGCAGAACCUUUGAUCAGGUUCCGCCGGCUCUUGCGCCUGAUGCUGGAUCUGAGAAUAAGCCGAUUCCCGAGGGCGCUAUAAGUGCUGCUGCUCUCGCAUCCGACGACAUUCAGCUGAGCAACAGGGGUAUGAAACUGAACGAAGCUAAGAAGUUGAAGCGGGAGUCGUUAGCCAAACAGGCGGCCGAGGAGGCUGAGGAAUCCGCCCGGCAGUUCAGAGAGGCAGCGCGGCUUUUAAUGUCUAGCGACAAGCCACCCGCACCGUCAGUUGCCAACAACGAGCAGACAAAAGCAGCGCCCAAGUCAAGCUCGAGGUCUAGGCCGAAGGCGAAUGGCAACAAGCGGAAAAGAGACUCCAUCCCAGAGGCGGAAGCUGAGAAGCCAGAAGUAGUCGAAACGCCGGCGCCACGUCCGGCACCGAAGCGCACCAAGACGGAGACUCCCGUCCCGCUGCCGAAUCUGAGAGCCAAUCUUGCCUCUCAGCCGUUGACCGAAACUCCCAUUCCGCCGCCGGUCCUCACGCCAGGAGGUUCCGCUGCUACGCCCAAGAUGACUACGCCGGUGCCCAUCCCUGUGCCAGGUCAGGAGCAUGCACCUGGGACAAAUACUGCGCCAAAGCCUGCGAACACAAGUGCACCAGCGUCAUCGCCAACUGGCUCUGUCGUUCAAGCUGGACCACCUCCCGCACCCAUCCCGGCGAACAUUGUAACAAAGCCACCGGCCGAGACGCCGAUUCCACCACCGGUGUUGUCUCCCAAAAAGUCAACGACACCAAUUCUUCCACCUGUUCGUGACCCCGGAACACGUAGAGAGACAAGGGGCGAAGCUAAGAAAACCCAGCAACAAGUUGAUCCUCCUACAUCUGUGCCGCAGCCCCAGCUGCCGCUCGUACACCGCUCAUCGUCAGCCGCUCCGUCUAUCAAGCAGUCGUCCUCCCGGGCGGCGACGCCAGGCACCACACCCGUCCCGGAGAGUCGUCGUCCCAGCUCGCGAGGAAAAGCCAGUAGUCAAGAACCACAGCCCUCACUGGCCGCCGAGCGACCCCGUAGAACUAGUACCGCUAGGAACACUCCUGUGCCAGAGAUUAGACAGCCGAGCAAGAGAACCAGAAAGCCCGCGCCAGGUAUCGUCAGCAAGACGAACGCUGGAGGCAGUAGUGCCGCCUCUAAGCGAAAGGCCGCGCCGAAGAAGAAGCGAACCCAAAAGAAGGAGAAGGGCCAGCCGAUCGAGAUUGAGUUAGAGGAAGACGAUGAGGGAAACCCGAUUGAUCCCGACGAGCCGAGAUAUUGCGACUGCAACCGCGUUAGCUUCGGGGAUAUGAUUGCAUGCGAUAACGAAAACUGCGACAAGGAAUGGUUCCACCUGGAGUGUGUGGGCAUGGCGCAGAUACCCGCGCGCACGACGAAGUGGUAUUGCCCCGAUUGUCGCGUACGUCUGAACAUUGGAGAGAAGGGUGAGGUGAAUGCUAGGGGUAUCAAGAUGUAA